AUGGGCAAUCAAGUCAACAAUAGAAAAGGAAAAGAACUUUUGCAACAAGUUAUUUUAUCUGCUGAUAUUCUUCCUCAAGUAGUAUGUUGUUGUCAUUGUGAUGCUGUUAAGUUUCAUACAGAAACAUCAAAGUUUUGUUGUUUAGAAGGUCGUAUUGUUUUAUUCAGUAAUGAACUCCCACUUGUCAUGCAUGACUUGUUAACAUCUACCUCAGAAGAAGCAAGGGUAUUUAGAACAUAUAUAAGAACAUACAAUAAUCAUUUUUCCUUCACUUCAUUUGGUGUUACAGCUGACAAGAACCUAACAAGAAGAAAUAAGGACAUUCCAUGUAUAGAUGACUAUAGGAUUAUUCUUAAGACUAUCCCAACACAAGAUCAACGCGUGUAUAACAAGCCUGAAGUUGCACAAGUUGCAGCUAUGUGGGUUGAAGGCGAAGAGAACGGAGAACAUGGUAAAAGAAAUAUUGAAGUUAGAACACAUAGUAACAUACCCAAGAGUGUUGAAUAUUAUUAUGGUUGUUACGAUCCAUUACAAUACCCUUUAAUGUUUCCAUUUGGGGAACUUGGUUGUCAUCAACAUAUACCCAAAAAAAGUGCCAACGAACAAACACACAAUAGGAUAGUUACAUGUUCCGCUGAAAGCCUUAUCUCGCCCAUGGGAAUGACAAAUGUCGACGACUUAUUACAUAUGGAAGAGUCAGUGAUGACAAGAAGUUCUGAAACAGCAAAAUAUGUCUCUGUUAGAGAAUAUUAUGCCUACAAACUUCAAAUUCAAACACAAAGAUUAGCUUUCUACAGAACACAACAACAUGAGUUACGACAAGAGUUCCUCCAAGGGGUUGUAGAUGCACUAGCAAGUGGUGAAACUAAUGCCUCAACUAUAGGUCGUCGUGUGGUUUUACCAGCAAAUUUUAUUGGUGGUCCAAGGAAUAUGAGACGAAAAUACAUUGACGCUAUGGCAUUAGUGCAAAAGUUUGGAAAACCUGACAUUUUUCUUACAUUAACUUGCAACCCGAAUUGGCCAGAAAUUAGGCAACACAUGAUGAUUCAAGAGGAAACACAAAAUAGGGCCGAUUUAAUUGUAAGAGUUUUCCAUGCUAAACUUGAGCAAUUUAAAAAAGAAAUUUUGAAAAAAGAAAUAUUUGGAAAAGUUGUGGCGUACACUUAUGUGGUUGAGUUUCAAAAGAGAGGUCUUCCUUAUGCAUAUUUUUUACUUAUACUUUCAUCUCAUUAUAAGAUGUACCAUGCAGAAGAAUAUGAUGAGAUUGUUUCUGCUGAAAUACCCGAUGAAAAGUCAAAUCCUCAUCUAUUUAGAAUGGUGUUGAAGCACAUGAUUCACGGUCCAUGUGGUGAUCUUAACCCACGUAAUGUUUGUAUGAAAAAAAGAGGCUUUUGCAAGAAUUUAUAUCCAAAAGCUUUUUGUUGUGAAACGACCCAAACUAAUGAUGCAUAUCCGACUUAUAGAAGACGUGACAAUGGCGUAAAGGUUAUGGUUAGAGGUGCAGAGCUAGAUAAUAGAUGGGUUGUUCCAUACAAUCCCUAUUUAUUAUGUAGGUGGAUUUCACCCCCCGAGGCAGCUUGGAGAAUUUUUAGAUUUUCAUUAGGCGAUAUCAAACCAACGGUUAUUCAUUUACCCCUUCAUUUAGAAGAUUAUCAACCGAUAACCUUUAAAAGGAAAGAACAACUAACCAAUAUUGUUGCCAAUUCAUCAAAGAGAAAAACUAUGCUUACUGAGUUUUUUGUUCAAAACAACACAGACAAAUUUGCACAACAUCUUAAUUUAACAUAUGUAGAGUAUCCAAACCAUUUUGUAUGGAAGUCAGAUACGAAGAUUUGGUCACCCACACAAACUGAAAAAUCAAUAGGACGUAUUGUGCUUGCUCAUCCAAGUGAAGGUGAGAGAUAUUAUCUACGGAUACUUUUAUCCAAAAUAAGAUGUCCAAAAUCAUAUGAUAGUCUUAAGAUUUGUAAAGGAAUUAAGGUUGCUACCUUUCGAGAAUCUGCAUUACUACAUGGAUAUCUAAUUGAUGAUAAUAGCCAAAAAUUAUGCCUAGAAGAAGCAUCAGUUUACCACAUGCCAUAUGAAUUACGAAGACUUUUUGCAAGCUUGCUUGUAUACACAAUUCCAAGUAAUCCUCGUGAGUUGUGGCUAUCUUUUGAAUCUGCAAUGUUAGAAGAUUUUCUACACUGCAACAAUUAUUCAAAAAAAGAAGCCAAACGAAACACGUUUAAGCAAAUUAACACCUAUUUACAAUCAACAGGAAGACAAAUUCAUGAAUUUGAUAUAUUGCCAGAUGAUUUAUCAUAUACUGAUUUAGAUGAUCAAACAGAGGAAAUAAUCGCACAACAAAGUAUUAUUGUAUCAGAUGAUGAUCUAAAAUCAAUACAUAAUCUUAACAAAAAACAAAAAAUUGCAUUCGAUACAAUAAUUGGAAAAGUGAAAGCCAAUAAAGGUGGAGCAUUUUUCAUUGAUGGUCCAGGUGGUACGGGGAAACCUUUCCUAUAUAGAGCAUUGCUAGCAAAAAUCAAAAUCAGAAGGACAUAUUGCAUUAGCAACUGCAACAUCAGGCAUUGCUGCAUCAUUACUUCCGGGAGGUAG